AUGAGCGAUAUAGCAGAUCUCACUGCGAAAACAUAUGAAAUAGCUAGGCUCAUCCCGCCAGGUCACGUCACGACGUAUGGUAUGUCAUGGCUUCCUCCCCAACACUUCACUCGACAUAUAGCUAGAUUAGCGGGAUAUCCAAAUCAUCCUCGACAUGUUGGAAACGCUUUGAAGGCUUUGCCUGAGGAUUCUACCAUUCCAUGGCAGCGCGUGAUCAAUGCAAAAGGUCAGAUAUCUCCCCGAGGCGAUGCAGGUUUAGGCGUAGCGAGACAAAAAGACCUGUUAGAGGCAGAAGGAGUACAAGUGAACAGUGUAAUGGGAGGAGGAGAAGUGGUAGAUUUAAGAAGAUGGGGUUGGUUUCCUGAACAUGUAUAA